GUAAGGGCGGAAUAGCACAGGAGAAUAUUCUGAAUGGAAGAUUUCACAGUAUUAAAGAAGCUUAGAAUGAUUAACCUAAUUUGGAUUGCUGUCUACUUCCUUCUUGGCACAGCACAAGCCAACGAAGUCUGUUAUGAAACAAUAGGCUGCUUUUCUGAUAAACCCCCUUGGUCGGGAAUACCUGGGAGACAUCUGUUUGGCUUACCUGCAUCUCCGGAGAGCAUGAAUAUCUCUUUCUCACUUUUCACAAAAGAAACUGGAAAUCUGUCACAAAAAAUAUUAUACAAUAAAACAUCAACUCUCCAAAAUUCUCACUUCUCCCCAUUGAGGAAAACUCGCUUUGUUAUCCAUGGAUUUACAAGCACCGGAAAAUAUGGCUGGGUUGUGGAGCUGUGUUUGCUUCUGGUAAAUGUGGAAGACAUUAACUGUUUUGCUGUUGACUGGGAAGAUGGAGCUAAAUGCACUUACUUCAUUGCUGGCAGCAAUAUCCGUGUUCUUGGAGCAGUGUUAGCUUAUUUUAUCAAUACCAUGAUGAAAACCUAUCAGUAUUGUCCUUCCAACAUCCACCUCAUUGGCCAUAGUCUUGGUGCUCAUACUGCUGGAGAGGCAGGAAGACGACUUCAAGAUGUUGGCAAAAACUCUCCAGGCGUUGGAAGAAUAAGUGGUUUGGACCCAGCAGGAUUUGGUUUUGAAGGAUUCCCUGAGAUGGUACGUCUGGAUCCUUCUGAUGCUAGAUUUGUGGAUGUGAUACAUACCAAUGCUGCCCGAUUUCCUUUAGGAUAUGGUAUGCUUAGUGCCACUGGUGAUAUAGACUUUUAUCCCAAUGGUGGAAAGAAUAUGGUUGGAUGUAUUGAUAAAGCUACACCAGAGACAGAACAUGACAAGGAAGGCCUUCCUAGAGAGGUUCAUUCUGUUGGAAACUGCCAUCACUCACGAAGUCAUGAGUACUACAGAUACAGCAUUCUCUACCCCAGUGGGUUCCUUGCCUAUCCCUGUGAAUCAUACAAAUCUUUUCAAGCGGGAAAUUGCUUUCCAUGUUCCAGGCAAGGUUGCCCAGUAAUGGGUCACUAUGCUGAUCAAUCCCGUGAUAAACUGAAGAAAAGCAAUCAAACCUACUAUCUAAACACAGGACCUCAGGAGCCCUUCACCAGUUGGCGUUAUAAUAUAUCUGUCAAACUAAAUGGAAUCAAACGUGCAAAAGGAGAAAUAAAUAUAGUUUUCCACAGUAAAGAUGGAGGUAUAAAGGAAUAUCAGAUUGUGAGGGGCAACCUUAAACAAGAACAAAUCUAUUCAAAGCUCACAGAUGUAGAAAUUAAUCCAGAAAGUGUUUCAAGAAUUGAGUUUGUUUGGCACAAGCAAUUUUUCACUUUCUUUUGGGCUAAACUAGGAGCUGAAAAACUAAAUCUUAUCCGUGGGCAGGAUGGGAAAAAGACUUCCCUUUGUGGCCAUGGAACAGUAAAAUCUGGUGUUCCUCAAACGCUUACACCUUGUUGAACAUAAAAGGAGGCAGAGUCAUAAACUGUAAGAGCAAUGAGGAACAGCUUCUUCAUGUGGCCAUUGAAAGAACAAGAUGGUUUGAACUAUGACUCAUUAGAACAAAUCUGUCAUUUUUUUUCAUUCAUUUCAU